GGAUGCGAAUCGAGUCGGCUCUCGGUGCCAUGGAUUUCAAGGCUGUGUUUACAGCCUUGGAGAGAGUGUGCGAAGAAACCGUUGCUGCGCUGUGUGAGCCUUCUGACAUACCACAUGGAGACAUUGCCAAGCGCUUGGUGACCUCUAUGAGGAAUGUUCAGGAACAUGGCCAAGCUCUGUUACCUGUGGUUGCCGGCCUCACUGAGAUUUACCACCAUUACGAUUUUGACGCACAAACGCCUGGGAAUGGCUACCGCACUCUGGUCAAGGUCUUGCAGUCUUGCCUUUUGCACAUUAUCAACAAGGGCCGCUACAUUGCCUCCAACUGCCACGGAGCCUUCUUCAGAGCGGAUCACAAUGCCACCGAGAUGGAAGCCUACUGCAAUGCCCUGUGCCAGCUGCGCGCCCUCCUCUACCUUGCUCAGCGGUUAAUCCAUGACAACGGCUAUGGGCAGCUGUACUCUCUGCAGGAUGCAGACUUGAGCCAGAGGUUUGUGCAGGAGUACACCUCCAUGCACAAAGCCUGUUUCUAUGGACGCUGCCUGGGUUUUCAGUUCUUGCCAACCCUCCGUCCAUUUCUCCAGACUGUUGUUAUCAGCAUGGUUUCUUAUGGAGAGACCUAUGGCAAACAGCAAUCUGGGAUCGGCACGGCAGCCCUCUCACUCCUUACAUCUGGGAAGUAUGUCCUCGAUCCGGAGUUAAGAGGGGCAGAAUUUGAGCGCAUUACCCAGAAUCUGGACCUACAGUUCUGGAAGUCUUUCUGGAACCUCACAGAGUCUGGAUUUAUUACAGGUUUUAACAGAAUGACCUCCAACCCUGUUCAAGUCAACUUCACCCUGACUAUACCCCCUGUGCCUUUGCGUCUCCCCUUGGCCUCAGAUCCCAAUUUCUCAGCUACCGUGUCACCUCCAGUCGCCCACUCGGGCCCGGGGCCGGUCCACAUGCGCUUGAUCUCCUAUGAGCUGAGAAAAGGACAGGACAGUCAGGAGUUGCUGGCCUUCUCUCGCACUGAGCCUCCCCCCGUUUCCGUUUCCUUGGUCCCCAGGCAUCAGAGACGGUCCCUCUCCCCCUGGCUGCUCAUCCAUUUUCACGGAGGGGGGUUUGUGGCCCAGACCUCCAAGUCCCAUGAGAAUUACCUGAGAGCCUGGUCCAAGGACCUGAAUGUCCCCAUCCUAUCUGUGGACUACUCUCUAUCACCUGAGGCCCCGUAUCCUAGAGCCCUUGAGGAAUGCUUCUACGCCUACUGCUGGGCCCUGAAAAACUCUCAUCUCCUGGGCUCCACAGCAGAGCGAGUUUGCCUGGCUGGGGAUAGCGCUGGUGGGAAUCUCUGCAUCACAGUGUCCAUGAAGGCUUUAGCCAAUGGGAUACGGGUCCCGGAUGGCAUCAUGGCUGCUUACCCCGCAACCUUACUCACCACUGAUGCCUCGCCAUCCCGCCUGUUGACGCUUAUUGACCCGCUGCUGCCUUUGGGUGUUCUUACGAAGUGCCUAAAUGCUUAUGCAGGCGCAGACUCUCGAACCGAGCAGCGUGCCGUGAGGACCGGCAGUCUGAGCGCCCUGGGCAGAGAUACAGCCCUGCUCCUCAGUAACCUCACACUGGGGGCCUCCAACUGGAUCCAGUCGUUUCUGGAUCCCCAUCGGACGACCGGCUCAGCGGAGUCACUGUCAUCCCAGCAAAACAAAUCACAGAGCGGUGAGACAUGCAGGAUAUUGACCCGGUCUUCGCCGCCAAACUCUACAGGCCACAGGGAUUACCCAGAAAACUUUGAGCCGCUGCGGUCUGAGUGCGUGGCUUUUGUUCACCCGACGACUUGCCCCAUUAUCAAGAAUCCGUUUGUGUCACCCCUGCUGGCACCCACUAAUCUACUGAGAGGCCUGCCGCCUGUACACAUAGUGGCUUCUGGUCUUGAUGCCUUGCUGGAUGACUCUGUGAUGUUUGCCAAGAAGCUGCGAGAUAUGGGCCAGCCGGUGAGCUUGACAGUGGUAGAGGACCUCCCACACGGCUUCCUCAGCCUAUCGCAGCUCUCCAAGGAGAUAGAGGUCGCCUCAGACAUCUGUGUAAAACAAAUGAGAGAAAUCUUCCAGCAACCAAGUCCUCAGCCUUCUCCUUCCAUGCAACCAAACUUUGAUAGGAUAAACAGCAAGACCGGGCCAUGUGGCUGAUCCCUUCGUCAUCUUGAAAAUUCUAAGUAUUGGGACCUUUUGGAAAUAAAGGAAGGGAAAGUGGUUUGGAUUUUGAAAACAAAUCUUGAUGGUUGUCUGCAAUAAUGUAGUUGAAGAUUCAAUAAAUAUAGGCCAACAAAAGGUUAGAAAUCAGGGAACAAUUUUGAGAAUAAAUAAACCGGAGCAUAGAAGGCAGCUUAAAUAAGGUUAUUGCACUUGAACACAUUAGAGGGGGAAAACAUUGUUUACACAUAAGGAUUCAAAGAAUUGACUUUGUGAAAUUUAACAAUUACUAAAAGGUAUAAUUUUGCACACACUGGCGUAAACUACUGAUCGAAAACUAAAGUAUAUUAUAGGGAAGUAUAUUUUUCGUAGUUGCUAUGAUCCACGUCAGAUUGACAUAGAUAAUUCAGUUAAUGGCCAUCAGAAAUACUCUGGGUCAAGGGGACACAAAAUAAAAUAAUGGAACCAGCCCUUGCAAUAAUCUCUGAAGUGAUAUUUGGCUUGUUUACUGGUUUUGUGCCUUACAUUUAAGACUACACUGUAUAAUAUUGUCCAUUUUUUUUGUAAAUGAAAGCUUUGUUUCACCUUUCCGCGUUGUGAAGGAUCAGAGUUUGCAUGUUGCAGGGAACACAUUCUGGAUAUACUGUGUUAGAUGCCUGGGAGCGUUAUAUAAUCUGGUGUUGCCAGUUUUUCUUGUUUUUUUCCACUAUACAGGCAAUGAUAAGGUGGCCUUCACCAACUGUUUGACCAGCAGCAGUAUGUUGGUGUGAAUGUGAGUCGUAACGCUGUAAAUGGAAAUCCUAAAUAUUUAACCUGUAUUGAAACGUUUAAAACCUAAAUAUUAAAAUCGAGAUG